UGGCUUUAAUUAGGAAAUCUGUAUGGGAAAAGUGUAUUUUAAUGCGCGGGUUGAUGACGUAAUGUUGAUUGUCAAACGCGAAAUGGCGAGCGUGCUAAGAGGCCCGUUACCUGUAACACUUUGGGGUUAUAACAUGUUUAUUCCCUUCAUGUUCCAGUAUCGAAACGAUUACAUAGGUAUAUCUAGUCCUGAUAAGUUGCGCUUUGGUUAUGUAGGCUUGUCGGGGAAGGAUCAGGUAACUAAUGGCGGCUGAAAUGGAGGGGGAAUUGGAUGAAGGCAGCGAGUACCCAGCACAUUACAAAGUCAUGAUGGACAAACUUAAUGAACAAAGACAGCUGGACCAGUUCACAGACAUUACUCUAAUAGUGGACGGGCAUCAGUUCAGAGCCCAUAAAGCAGUGUUGGCAGCAUGCAGUCAGUUUUUCCACAAGUUCUUCCAGGAUUUUACCCAGGAGCCACUAGUGGAGAUAGAAGGAGUGAGCAACACAGCCUUUAGCCAGCUGAUGGAGUUCACUUACACAGCCACACUAGCUGUAGCUGGAGAAGAGGAAGCCUAUGAUGUCUGGAAGGCUGCUGAAUACCUUCAGAUGCAGGAAGCCAUCAAGGCGCUCAACAACAAGAUAAAUGAGAAUGCUUCAGUGAUGGCAAAGAGCAAAGGUAAAAAGAGGAAGAUUGCUGAGACAUCUAAUGUAAUUACAGAAACCCUACCCUCAGUGGAAGGAGAACAGGUGGAGAUUGAGGUGAUAGGGGAAGGGGCCAUUGAAGUGGAGGAGUCGGGCUUGGAGGAGGUGGUUGAUGCAGCAAAGAAUGCUCAGGCGGCAUCAGAUGACUCUGCUUUGGCUCUUCUUGCUGACAUAACUAGCAAAUAUCAGCAAGGGGAACCUACGCUACAGGUGAUGAAGAAGGGAGGAAUAGAAGAGGAGGUUGUGUAUCAGGAAGAAACGGUGACUGCCUCCAAGGUGCUGGAGAAUGUUGAGAUCGUAGAGGUUCAGAUUUCCCAAGUGGACAACAUGUUCCGCUGCAACAAGUGUGACCGCAGCUUCAAGUUGUACUACCACCUCAAGCAGCACUUGAAAACACACCUGGGCUCACUAGAAAAGCCGCAUGUGUGCAACCACUGUGGUAAAGCCUACACACGGGAGGGUGCCCUGAAGCAGCACAUCAGCACAUUUCAUUUUGAUGUAGAGGAGCUGUCUAGAAACCAAAAACCCCAAAAGAAAGUGCAUAUUUGUGAAUACUGCAAGAAGCACUUUGACCACUUCGGCCACUUUAAAGAGCACUUGCGGAAACACACAGGUGAAAAACCUUAUGAGUGUCCAGAUUGCCAUGAGCGUUUUGCAAGGAACAGCACUCUGAAGUGCCAUAUGGCAGCCUGUCAGAAUGGGGCUGGAGCCAAGAAAGGACGCAAGAAACUCUAUGAAUGCCAGGUCUGCAGCAGUGUGUUCAACAGCUGGGACCAGUUCAAAGACCAUCUUGUGAGCCACACAGGAGUCAAGCCCAACCACUGUACCAUGUGUGACAUGUGGUUCACCCACCCUAAAGAGCUAAAGGCCCACCUGAAAGACGUCCAUUCCAUCGAGGACAACAAGUCUACUGAAGAACUGAUUAUUACUGACUCGGCCGCCACUGCCACCCUCGCCAUAGCAACACAGAGCAUAGAAGGAGCUGAAACGGUGCUGCUGGAUGAUGGAAUUCAGGUGGAACAUGUCACAGUGGAGCCUGUAGAUGUGAUGGAGAUGGAGGAGACUGCAACAGUUGUGGUGGAGGAUGGAGGGGUGGCGGAGAUGUGUGAGGAGGACGUGGAGAGAUUAAAGCAGGCUGGGGUGCAGAUCCAGGUGGUACAUGUGACCACAACUGAAGUUGAUGGGCAGCACGUGGUGAACUCUCAAGUGGAAGUGGCGAUGGAGGGGGAGAUGGUGAAUGUUGAGGAAGCAGAACACGCAGUGGUUGUAUGAGAAUGUGAAAAGGACUGUGUUAAAUGACCUGCGGGACACACUUACAGUCUUGAGCAGCUGCAUUAUCCUGUAGCUGACAUCUUAGUUUGGAUACAGAACAAACACUGCAUGUGGGAUACAGCAUGUCACCUCAGUAUGUCCUGCUGUCUGCCAACACGUCGAAUGACUCAGUUCCCGCAAACAUCAUUCGUUGAACUCUGAGAUAUGAACAGAGAUACAUAACUCCCUGCUAAUGAUGCUGUAUUUAUGUUAAAGCUGUUUGCCAUCAUAUCCUAUUUUGUUGAUGACUUUUCAGUGCUUCAUCAAUCCAUUUUCAUGUUUUUUUUUUUUUUUUCUUUGUGUCCUUAUUAUACCUCAGAUUUAUAUUUUGUUCUUUUAAUUUGGGUCACUUGCCAAGACAAUUUUACAAUGAAUGAAAUGUUCUCAUUGCAGCUCAUAUAACAGUUGUUGUAUGGUGCUGAUGCUCCUCACUGCUAAUACCACAGUUUUCGUCAAGCUUAUUUUCAUACUGACUAAUGGUGUUUUUGUAGGAAAAAAAAACCCAGAUAUGGAAUAAAAUUCGUUUCCAAAAUGGGCUAAAA